AGAAGGCCAGCCAAUGAAACAACACUUCAAUUUUAAGUGAGGAAAGACAGUUCCUUCUUUUUCUCAUACUUAAAACCUCAUCCUCAACAAACGAAACAUUUGUUACUACAGAGAGUUAUUACCAGAACCCUCUCGCAAAGCUACUUCGUUGACUUUUUGAGCCACUGCUGUUUCUCUUCAACAGCUGUUUCAUGGGAACCCCGGAGGAAGAGAAAGAUUGGUUAGAUGUGGCCAAUGAUCUACUCAGCAAGUGCCACAUAGAACGAAAGCUGACUAGACUCACAGACUGUGAUGCAAAUGUGUUUAUUAGUCUCUAUGAGAACAUCCUAAAAGAGACCGUUCCAGAUUAUAUUGCAUCACCAAGCAGUCAAGAGGAUGACGUGCAUAAUGUUCAGUGUGUGAUUGACUCACUGUCACUGGAUUAUCUUCAGAUCAGCCUCUCGCAUAUUACAGGAGAAAAUGUUAUCAGGGGAGACAAAGAGUCGAUCAAGAACCUCUUGGAUAUCUUUGAUGGCCUAUUGGAAUAUCUCAAUGAGGAGAUAAGUGAGGGCUCAUACAAUGAUGAAGACGACGACUCUGGGACUUGUAACGGUGGUCUCGGAGAGGAUUUUCCGUGUGAAACCGAGGAGCCGACAUACAGCAAUGCCAUCAAUUACAUGGAUGCUACAACAGAGGGAACAUCUUUGUCUUCUGAUGGAGGAGAGUCCGCUCCACAGUCGAGUAGGCAUUCUGGCAAAAGUGAACAGCCAGGAUCGGCCAGUGAACUCAUAGGGCUCGGAGUUUCAGCGCGGACGUUCACAGACAAUCCAGAAGCAGAACAAUCUGCCCCUCUGCAAACCACUGAUGCAGUCCCCGCCACUGGUCCCUCAGAAGACCAGGAUCCACCUUCGGCUGUUCUGCUGCACUCGGCCAUCGCUCUGCACCCACCCAGUCAGAGCGACUCUCCCCAAGCACACUCCCUUGGCCAAGCCCCAACAACUGCUGGAGUCUCUGCCACAAUCCAGACACAGACAUCCAGAGCUGGAAACCAGUUUGUUGACUGCAAUGGAGUGCACUCUCCUGCUCAGAGUGAAAAGGAUUCAUCCAUCCAGGAAAGGACCGACAUAGGGGGAGAGACACUGGAGCCCACUAAUGGAGGCCCCAGGAGGGUUUUAUUCCACACGCAACCAGAUGUGCUCUUCCUCACACUGCAGGAUGAGCUACCGGCCACAACUACAUCUGCCCCAGACACAGAAGAAGAGGAGCAGGAGGAAGACUUAAGUUCACCAAGAGGAAGCGUGGACCAUCAGCAUGAGACCAACCUUCGCAGGUUGCAGGAGAAUGAGGAAGAAGAAGACAUUAUAGAGCAACGGUCUCAAGGCAGAGAGAGAAGCAGAAAAGGAGCGGAAAAGGAACUUCAUCACAUUUCGGAAAAACUCGCCCAUCGGAUUGAGGAGCUAGAUCAGAUGCUAAAACGGCUGUUAGGAAACAGCAGAGAGCCUGGUGCUCUCAGAGACGACGAUGAGCUGUCCCAGCACAGUGAUAGCAUCACACAGCCUCAUGGGACUCUGAGAGCACACAUAGGAACACCCGAGCGCUUUUUAUAUACCUCGCCCCUACGAGGUCGUGACUCUUUGCAGGAGCAGUCAGAGGAUGAGGAGGCUGAAGCCCUGAGCUCUGACAGCAGGCCUGCUGGUGCUCGGUGGCAGAGUGAGCCACUUCGCCGUAGAAAACACAGAAAGACUGUGGUUAACCAGGCCUAUGAGAAGGAGUUGAGGAGAUUAGAAUGCAAAAAACGAGCAGUUGUCGACAAGGAACGACACAAAGCACAGGAGGCUGAGCGAGAGUAUAGAGACGCUAUACUAAAAGACUUUUCCAAAGUACCCACAAGGUCUCCAUCUCCAGUAAAGUCCCAGCAGAGGCUCAACACACAGGCCACAUCAGGACGACUGCGAAUACCCAAGAAAACUCCGCCACUGAUAGUGAGGGAGAAUGAGCUCCUCCCCACGCUCCUGGAGGAGUUGCCGUACCUCCAGAUGUCCCCGCGUGAGGUGGACCGCAUGUGGCAGCAGCAGAGGCAGCAGAUGGAGCGACUCCAGGCCCUCUCCUUCUCCCAUAGGCAGCGUCGCAGCAAACUCUCCAAAGAGGUGGAAGAAGCUCAGAGGAAACACGACCUUCUGGCAGGGAUGGUCCACAGACAGCAGGAACACAGCAGGCGUCUGAGGGACUUCAAGGAGCACAUCCAGCAGCAGAGGGCCACCCAGAACCGACUGAGGGAGCAGCGGCAGCAGGUUGCCCGGGCCAGGAAGUACCACCAGGACUACUAUGUCCAACACCGGGCUCGCCUAAUGAGAGCUCGAACCAAAGAGGAGAGGAUGUUUCGUCAGCUGUUUGAAGAGGGUUUGGAGCUGCAGAAGGCUCGUCUGAGAGAACAAAGGGAAUACGCCUCGCAGCAGAGGGAGCAACACGAUAGACAACACCUGGACCACAUCCAGUCCAUGGAGAACUACUACAAAGACCAAUUCUCACUGCUGGCUGAGAAACUUUCACAAGAGCGACAGGAGAUCCAGACGCGUAAAAAAGCUCAAGAAAAAGUUCUUCUCAAGAUGAAGCGUGAGCUGCGUUCCAGGAUGGAACAAGAGAUCAGCGAGCUGCAGAAGAUCAUCGUCCAGAAUGACCAAGACGACUACUUUGAGGAUCUAGAAGUCCAGAGGCUACGCAGUCGAGUCCGCAUGGCUUCGUUCCAGUCCCGCAAAAACUACCUGCACUGAUCUUCAUGUCUGGAACUUGCCGUCAAGCCACAUCUAGAGUCUUCCCCAUAUUUGCACAGGAGGAGGAUAAGACUGAGAACUCCAUCUCCUUCUCCCUCCGACUCCAGCUGCUAUGACGCCUUGCAUCUUUACUCUGUUGGCCGUCUUAUUUAAAGUAACACUGUUCCUUCCUCUGCCAAAUAACCACCACAAGUAUGAAGUUUGCAACUUACUUCUUUUUACGUCUUCCUUUUAAUGCAUCUCACAAUACCUGUGGAUUAUUUAUUUUUUUAACUUAAACUUUUCUUUCUCUAACACUAAGCAGGUACUGGUGCUUUGUGGUCACUGGGAACAAUUACAACAAUGUCUUAAUUUCUUUACAAUAUUUUUUUUGAGAAAAACGUAACUUCUGUGAAGCUCUGAAUGAUUAAAUUGACUCUAAUGCAAUCCCCCCCAAUCAAUAAAACUGAUGCUGUAAUGUGUGAACAGUUGACAUACGUUCCUUCAUACAAUACUGUAUAACCACUUGAGAGCAAUCAAAUACAUUAACGCAUUGAUUCUCAAAUGGUGGUACAGCACUUUUUUUCACAUGAAAUUGUACUGGAUGUAACUAAAUAGUUUUACUAACCUAACAUUUGCUGACACCAUUCUAUUUCAAUUUACUGAAAUUACCGACGUUAUAAA